UGACGGGCGGAGGGCGGGAGCGAAGCCCGCAGCGAGGAACGACCCGGCUGCCGCCGCCGCCGCCCCCGCCUCCGCAGCGCCCGUCGGGAGGCGGCCGGGCAGCGCCGCCGCCGAGCCCGUCCCGGUGCCCCCCCGUCUCCGCCCCGCCGCCCGCUCGCCCUCGCCCCGCCGAGCGCCAUGGCGGCCGCCGAGCCCAGCAGCGGCCGCUACCAGCAGCUGCAGAAUGAAGAGGAGCCAGGCGAGGCUGCACCGGUGGUGAAUGAUGCCCCUCCACCUUACAGCAGCAUUUCUGCGGAGAAUACAGCUUAUUUUGAUUACAAGGAUGAGUCAGGAUUUCCUAAGCCUCCAUCUUACAACGUGGCCACAACACUGCCUAGUUAUGAUGAGGCAGAGAGAACCAAGGCUGAAGCCACCAUUCCCUUGGUUCCUGGAAGGGAUGACGAAUUUGUGACACGGGAUGAUUUUGACGACACUGACCAGCUGAGGAUAGGAAAUGAUGGCAUUUUCAUGCUAACUUUCUUCAUGGCAUUCCUCUUCAACUGGAUUGGAUUUUUCCUGUCUUUCUGCCUGACUACUUCAGCUGCAGGACGAUACGGGGCCAUUUCUGGGUUCGGUCUGUCUCUUAUUAAGUGGAUCCUCAUUGUCAGGUUCUCCACCUAUUUUCCUGGUUACUUUGAUGGCCAGUAUUGGCUUUGGUGGGUCUUCCUUGUACUAGGUUUUCUGCUGUUUCUCAGAGGAUUUAUUAAUUAUGCAAAGGUUAGGAAGAUGCCAGAUACCUUUUCCACUCUCCCCAGAACCAGAGUUCUCUUUAUUUACUAAAGAUGUUUUCUGGCAAACGCCUUCCUGCGUUAGUGAAUUCGCCCCCAAGAAGCAACAGGGCACCUGCAGGAAGUGAAUCAAGACUCUGGAGCAGAAGACAAAAUAAUCAUCUGCUUUAAAAUAAAUAAAAGUACUGUUGGAAAAAAAAAACACAACCAACUAAGGAGAAGCAUUUCUUUCUAUUUGUUUCUAGGUGUAAAAUUUUAAUAAUUAAUGCAGAAUUCUGUAAUCAUUGAAUCAUUAGUGGCUAAUGUUUGAAAAAGCUAUUGCAGUCGAGUCUGUGACGUGCUAAUAAAGCCUUCUAGAGAUAGUUCCUGUAGUGAUUUGGUAGCAUGAGCCCUGCCCCCGGAGCCAGCAGGGGACAGGCUUGCUUUAUUUCCUCCUCCGUCCCGGGAGCGGGUUUGGACUCUGCUCUGUCCUGUGCAGCCUGCGCGGUGCUGGCGGCCCGAAGGGGUGACCUCGGAAGCUGAAGUGACGGCGCGGCUUCGGUUACACGCCUCGCUGCUGCUUAGCUCCGACAGCGCCGGUGCUGGCUGUGCCCGAAGGGAGAAGGGCUCUGUGCGGUGCAGAUUCUGGAGGCGUGACUGGGAGAGAGUGGUGGUUUGAAGGUGGCACAAGUAUUAAUUUUUUUAAUAGUCUAUAUUCUCAAUGUUCUAGUAUCCUUUACUUUCAUACUACCUACUUUUUGGACUAUAUAGGGGUUUUCACGGUACACAUUGGUAGUGUAAAAAUGAAAGAUCACGUUGCAACUUUGUAUGAAAAAUUACCUUGCAAAACAAAGGCCUUUUUCUUUCUUUUUCCCUUUCGCUUGGGACUUUUGAACAGAUUCCUAACACACCUGUAAUUCUUGCUUUUAUAAUUUGUGUUAGCAGAGACUACGAUGCGUUAUAAAUGUAGAUUUAAUGUGCACUUCUGUGCUUUCUGCCAAGUGGUAACUCACUUUGGAGUUUUACUAUGUUAAAACUGUAAAUAUAGCAGAACAUUAAUAAAUGUCACUUAUGUAGCAA